GCAUGUUGUGUACCGCUCUUGAGCCGAGCUGUUUAUGUUUUUCAGGUGUUUUCGUGCUGCCAGCCUUCGUUUAGGAGUUUGUUCGAGCACCAGAUACAAGUCGUUUAAACGCGAUAUAAUGUGUAAAGAGCUGAAGACGAGAGUCCUGCGGAUUUCAUCUAAUUUCUCUGAUGACCUGACGUUACAUCAGCCGGAGUGGACGGAGAUCCUGAGCUGUACAGUGAAUGCUCUGAAGGCGGGUCAGGUGGUGGCAGUGCCCACCGACACCAUCUACGGCCUGGCCUGUGUGGCGCAAAACUCUGAGGCCAUUAGAAGAGUCUACGACAUCAAGGGCAGGAAUGGAGACAAACCCCUGGCCAUCUGUGUCGGAGAAAUCCACGACAUAUACAAGUACUGUAAAGUGUCUGUGAAGGACAGGCUGCUCAGAGAUCUGCUUCCCGGACCUGUUACACUCGUUCUAGAAAGAUCCGCCACGCUAAACGGAGAUCUCAAUCCUUUUACCAAGCUCAUAGGGGUCCGUAUUCCAGACCACCCGUUCAUGAGGCGUCUCUGUCAGAUGUGCGACACACCGCUAGCUCUCACCAGCGCUAACGUCAGCACUCAAUCCAGCACUGUCGCCGCUAACGAGUUUGAGGAUUUGUGGCCCCGUCUGGCCGUUGUUGUGGACGGGGGCCCGAUUGAAGAUAAGAGCCGCUUGGGAUCAACAGUUGUGGAUCUGUCUGUGUGUGGCAGAUACCGAAUCAUCAGACCGGGAUGCGCUCUCUCUGCUACAGUUCAAAUACUUGAAGGCAGAUAUGGACUGCUGGAGGAUCCUGACCAUCGCUGAGCUCAACACACACACGCUGCACCAAAGAGACACUCGUAUAGAGUGUGUGUGUGAGAGAGAUUCUCAGUAGUGGGAAAUUGGGAGUUUGACAGUUUCUGAAUAUUUUCCACACAUUUUUUUUCCUUUGAGAGGACAUGUUGGGUUUGCUGGUUCUGAUGUGAUCAGUCUUUUGGAUACACAUUUGUAUUCUCAACCGUAUAAGACGCACAUUUCCAAUCAGUUACAGGUUUUGUUGUCGUUUACGGUGAGAUAUUUCUCAAUGAGCGUGACCUCACACCAUGCAGAUGCCUUUGAGAGUUACACUGCAUAUUACAGGGAAAGUUGACUCAGGAUUUUUUACUCGUCCCCCAUUUAUUCUAAACCUGCAGUUUCUACUGUUAAACACAAAGGAAUUCUGGGAGAAAAGAUCAGCUUUUGACUUCCAUAGUAUUUUUGUUUCUGUUAUGCAUGCCAUUGGCUGCUUUUCCCCAACAUUCUUCAGAAUAUCUUCCUUUUGUCCUCAACGGAAGAAGGAAUUUCAUGAAGGUUUUAGAAAAUGUUCAAUUUUGGCUGAACUAUCCCCUUAGAUUGAGUCGAUUGCUUUAUUUUCAGAACUCUUACAGCUUUGACUGAUUUUAUUUUUUGUUCAUUGUGUUUUAUUUAGAUCAGUGAUGUCCAAACUCGGUCCUGGAGGGCCGGUGUCCUGCAUAGUUAAGCUUCAACCACUCAACACACUUGCCUGGAAGUUUCAGUAUACCUUUAAUCUGGGUUGGAACUAAAACAUGCAGCUCUCCAGGACUGAGUUUGGACACUUCUGGUCAAGAGUAUAUUUAUUUAGUAUAAUGUGUCGAGGGGUCAGUUGCUCUCUGGCAGGGCAACGUUCAUCUUUUCUUUAU